GCUGACUCUGCAAUGUGUAUCUCGUCAUAAUUAUUAUGAUAAUUGCAAUCUAUUAUUACAGCGGAAUUGAGUCAGUUCUGUCCUGAAGUGAGGCUGAGCAGAAUGAUGUGUUAUUGGUAUCAUUUACUGAUUAUUCUCGAGGUCUGUGUGCUGAUGAUUUGGGGUGAUAAAGUAUUAUCCACUGAGGACUGCAGUGUAUUACCGAACUCCGAGCCGAAAUGCUUCACCCCUACCUUCGACCUCAGAAAUAAGCCUAUGACUGCUCUGAAAGACAGGCAAGGCCCCAAACAAACUAUAAAAAUUAAUACUGGAUAUGGAGUAAACAUAGCGCUAGGACAAGAUCCGCGAUAUGUCUUUGGAAAUCAAUACCAGACUGUCAUAUGCGUGAAACAAAGUAACGCAAAUUACGAAAAAAGAUUUCAACCAGACCUUUACAAGCGAAAAGACAAUGACUUAUACGGAGAUUUGGAGCGAAUUCUUCUAACAGAAUUAUUCAUUGUAACGAGGCGUGAGGUGUGGGAAUGCAAGAGGGAAGGUGAAACAAAGCUUGAUUUCUACAGAAUCGUUACUGAAAUUCUCAGUAAUUCAGCUCUUGGAACCGUCGAGUUCCGCUAUGGAUUUGAAUAUAUAACAUUAUCAAUUCCAUACCUGCUAAGCAAUAAUUCUAUACAAUACAAAAUCACAGCUGCAAGAGAAAUAAAAUAUAUUGAUACAGCAUAUAGAGUUGUGAAAUAUGAUGGCGUUUUGAAAUUCAUAAAACCUCGUGAUGAAGAUUCUGACGAAAGAGACCCUGUCCACAUGAUUCAGGUAAAAGAUUUCACUGAACUUUCAACGUUUGAAUCCGAUUGGAGAAAAAGAGAGGACAAGGAGCACCCGGAUCAAGGAAUAACUUAUUCAGAAGAGAGCACUACUUUGAAGUCAGUGAAACUUGAUAUUCGUGAAAAAUCGAGUCGUAUUAUUUUUACAGACGAACAGCCAUUUUCAGGAGAUGUUAUGCCACCAUCCGAUGCUCAUAGAAAAACCGCGAGGUGUCGAUUGAAAGAGGGUUCCAGAUUCCGUUCAACGAGAUAUCUGCCACGCUGGUCAUAUCGUAAGGAGGGUGAAGAGCCGAUUGGAAAAACGUAUAUAUCACCUUCUGAUUUCCUCAACUACUUUAUAGUAACGAAACAUGAUGUUUGGAAAUGCGUUUUGCGAGAGUUUCAGCCACAGAUAACGUUCUAUAGAGCAGUGAUUGAAUAUGUAGGAAAGACAGCCAUUGAUGAUAUUGAUGUGUAUCAGGAUGGGAAAACUAUAUAUCGUUACUUAUUGUCAGAUACUUCAAUGAGUAUAGGCAUCAGACAAAUCAUGUACUUCAAGGAAGAUGAUCCUGAUAAGAGCCUCAGAUAUUAUGGUGGAAUCAAUCUUAUCAUACCAGAAGGCUUUCCCGAAAAAGUGGCUACAGAAAAAUUGAAACCGAAAAAAAUAUUAGCAAAUGAAGUUUUAGCGAAAAUAUCUGCAGCAGCUAAAGCGAGAAGAGAGGAAGCAGAAGAAAUAAAAAAACUUGAACAGAAGAAGAAACCUAGAAAAAAGUUUUUAGGAAUUUUUUGAAACUUCCUUAAAUUUCCAAUCAACUAACUCCAUAUCGCCAAAUUGCACGUGGAGGGAAAAGAGCUAGAUCGGUAUUGAGUGUAUAGUGUAAUUAAAAGGAAAAAUCAUACAAGAACAAUAAAUCGAAAUGUUUCAACUUUUUCUUAGUUUGUAGAAUUUUGAAAGGUUGUUCUGACCAAAAACGGACAAUAUAAUUAGAGCAAAAGAAGAAAUGGUUUAUUUAUUGAUGAACUUAUCUAAUUGUAUAUUAAAAGAUCCAGUACAAUGUGGUGUAGAUAAUUUAUUCUCCAUUGUAAUUGUUCAUUUAUAUCUAAACUGGUUCAUUGUAUCACUUUAUAGACAUGUUUAUCAUGAUUUUGUAUUUUUGAAGAUGUGGAAUGGCGAUAGUCUUAUUCAAAUUUCAUUUACUAAGAAUCAUAAAAUCCAAAAACAAUAUUAUCCAAAUAGCAUUUUUUCCACUGAGUAUCAAGUAUCUAUCAAUCCUUGAAGACAUUAUUUGUACAAAUUAAACUUCAUUAAUAAAGUAUUUUAUAGGAAA